UUUGUGGCAGCGAGACCUGCAAAUAAAGGGGAGCGACGGGGCUGCGGCGGUAGGAGGAGCGCGGGGGCUGGGGGUAGUGAGGUCUGGAGGUCUGGGCGGCGAGCGGGCAGUGGGGCCUUGGCCUAUGUGACUGGGCGGCGCCGGCGCGGCCUCCGUCUGGAGAGGAUUCAAGAUGACCAACGAGGAACCUCUUCCCAAAAAGGUUCGGCUGAGUGAAACAGACUUCAAAGUUAUGGCAUGGGAUGAGUUAAUUCUAAGAUGGAAACAGUAUGAAGCAUAUGUCCAAGCUUUGGAGGGCAAGUACACAGAUCUUAAUUCUAAUGAUGUAACUGGGUUAAGGGAGUCUGAAGAAAAACUAAAGCAACAACAGCAAGAGUCUGCUCGCAGGGAAAACAUCCUUGUAAUGCGACUAGCAACCAAGGAGCAAGAGAUGCAAGAGUGUACUACUCAAAUCCAGUACCUCAAGCAAGUCCAGCAGCCUAGCGUUGCCCAACUGAGAUCAACAAUGGUAGACCCAGCGAUCAACUUGUUUUUCCUAAAAAUGAAAGGUGAACUGGAACAGACUAAAGACAAACUGGAACAAGCCCAAAAUGAACUGAGUGCCUGGAAGUUUACGCCUGAUAGAGGCCUGAUGGCAUCGGACUAUUCCAAAGAAGUGGCCACCUCCGAAAAAUUCCCCUUCUAGAACAUGUAGACACUUGAGAAAUGUUUCUGUUUGAAGAAAAUAGAGGGAGAAACAGAAGUUUUAAGUCUGUGGCACACUGUGUCUUCAGACAGUUUGGAGGAAUGAAAACCUAGAGAUUUAAAAUCAUGAAUUGAACAUGUAAAAUUCCAGUAAAAUGUAAAAAUGGAAUAUGCAUCGCUCUUAACCUUGAGCAUAGUGACUUAGAGACACUGUAUAUCAGUUUUGCCAAUAAGACUGUGGACUUCGUGAUUGUUGUUGAACUUCUGGGUCAAAACUCAAAUGAGGUGAAUUUUGCCUUUAAAGAGUUUAUUUGCUAAGAACCAAUUUAAUAAUAGUCACGAGAGAAUCAAAUAAUAGAUGUCAGUACAAGUAGUUCAUAUAUUUAACCAUUUAGUUUGGGGCUCUAUAUCACUUGAUUGAGCCUUAAAUCAAUGUGGUUUUAAUCAAUGGUUUGUUCUUUGAAUGGUUGCUAAUGCUGUAGAUAAUCUUAUUGAGGACUGUACAAACAAAAAGGUGUGGUAUCAAACUUCAGGUUGAAAAUGUUUGAAGCAUUAUAAACAUUCAUUUCACUACUAGAUUGUAUAAGGAUAUUGGCUGUGAUGAGACUCACUGCAUUAUUUUUUUUAGUAGUGAAAUUAAAUCCUCAUUCCAUUCAACAGGCACAUGUUGAAAGAGCAUUGUCGUUGGUGUUAAUGGGGGAAUGUGUUUCCUUCAUUGUAUUUGGGCCUUUUGUAUUGCACUCUUGAUAUUAAAUUAAAUGUGCC